CAUAUUCACCUUAUGUCAUCAGGAUUCUUCCUCUGCCACCAACCCACCGACUUCAACUCAUUCAACUGACAGUACUCCCCCCACUAUACCGCCCCCACCCUCGGCUCCCAGACAGUCACGUGACAGUGACAACGAGGAUGGCCAAUCCCAGGGCAGUAGGAGCUCAGUUGUAGGGAGCUUGGCCAAUAGUCUGAGCAGUGGGCGGGACAUCGACCAGGACAAUCGAUCUUCCUCCCCGAGUCUCUCUGCCUCCCCUCCAGCCAGUUUAGACUCUGACUCUGAUUGUCCAGACUCACCAAAGCAAGGAGAGGGGGAACGGGAGAAAAGGAAAGAGGGGGAGAGUGGGGAAGACAGGAGGAGAGGAAAGGAGAGCAGCCAGAGAGGGAGAGGGGAUGAGUCUUGCGGAGAUGGAGAAAGGAAGGAUGGAGGAAUAGAGACAGGCCUUCUCUGAAGCUGCCAUCCUCCUCCAUCUCUUCCUCUGCUCCUGUUCCCUCUCUCCGCGGAGCAGGGGAUUCAGCCAAUGACAGCAAUAGUGGCAGGAAUCCUAUUUCUCACAGGACUCCAAGCUGGUGAGCAAGAUGGAGUAUGGACCGGCCAGCGCUGACACUGUGCACAGUGGCAAUCGAAUGAACUCCAAAGCUAAAGCGCAGUGCGUGACCAAGGACACUGUCGCCCGGGAGACUAUAUCCCACGGCAACCCCAACAUUCCACACCCCCCUCCACCACCCCUUCCUCCUCCACCAGCGCUGAAACCCUUAGAACUAGGGGGCAGAACCUGCCCUCAGAAUCAAGGUAGAGAGAGAGAAAAUGGAGAAAGGUGAGAAACUGAUGGACAACAAGACGGCUCCUCCCUCUCUGUUACCCCAAACCAGCCCCUUACCACCCUCCCAGCCCCCGCCCCACCCCCACCACUACAGCCCCACCGGAUGGCAGGGAGGCACCGCAACCGGUUGCCAGGGGAGCUGGGGCUACAACCGUUACUCUGGUAACACCAAAGCUUCACCAGCCGCAGCACCAACCCCCAGUGCAGCAGCAGCAACUGCCAUCCGUCUACAACCCCCCUUCCUCCCGUCAUUCGUCCUCCUCCCACCCCCCUUACCUCCCCCACCCCCACAAGGAGUACCUCCCCAGGUACACUUCCGGGGGAGGGGAAAGGGAGAGGGGGGCGGCCGGCGAGAGGGAGAGGGGGGGAGUGAGGGUGGAGUAUGGGGGAAGGGAGAUAGGUAGGGAUUUCUCGGCUGGUAGUGGUAGUAACAGCAGCACUUCUGGUGGGAUGGGGGGUCCUAAUGGGGUCCAAGGGAGGGAGUUUGGGGGUCAGAACCGGGAGUACCCAGGCCUGGGACCUCAGGGCUCUGGGAGAGACCCCCCCAUGGGUCCUGGGGGAAGAGAAUUUGGACCRGGGGGGUUCAGAGAAAGAGAGAGGGAUAGAGAUAGAGAGAGGGAGGGAGAGAGGGAUGUAGGAGGAAGGGAGUUUCCUUUACAGAAUCGUAAUGAGAAUCAGAACAGAGAGUUUGGACCCACCGGUGUUGGGGGAGGAAGGGGGCACCCCAGAGACAAAGAGGGGGGGCGGUGGGGCGAGUUUGGGGGCCAGAUGAGAGAGGUGGGGGGCAAUGGUAACCCCAAUAAUAACCCCCUCCCCCUAGGAAACCCCCCAAGCUCGACCAGUGGGUUACCUGCAGCCCCCAUGCUAAACCGCGACCCCCCUUCCUCACCCCAAAACAACCCCAGCCACCCUACCCUACCCUCCCACCCACAUCCUCAAAGCACCUCCAAACGAGACUACCCCCCAUCGAUGGACCAGGCACAGACAAGGCACAGUCCCCCCUCUGGACCAGAACACUUCCACAGAGAGUACMCUCCUGGGGCCAAGGACUAUCCCCCAGGUGGCCCACCCUCCACCGGCCCAGCCCGUGAGUACCCCAGCCCUCCCGGUAUGACUCCAAACCUGGGCCGAGACUACCCAGGUGGACCUCAGAUCCCCCACCUGCCCCACCCCCACUUUCCAGCCCAGCAGCCCAGAGACAGGGACCGAGAGAGGGACACCAACCAGCGAGAGUCGUCUCUCUACCAAAACCGUGGCGGUCCCCCCCAACCCCCGUCCCUUUCUCCCUCCUCUUCCUCCUCCACUCCUCAUGGACACCCUCCGAAUGCUCCUUACCCUCCUCCACCACCUCCUCCCCCUCUCCCCACUCCCCAAACCUCCCUCGCUCAGCCCCAACCUCCCUCUGGCCUGGGACCCAAUCACGUUCGUCCGGCAAACUACCCUUCCUCCAAUCAGACUCCUGCAACACCCCUCUCUCCUUUACUAAACCCCUUGACCAAUCAGAUGGGAGGGUUUCCUUCCUACCCGCCAGGCUCCUCCUCCGGGGCYAACAUGUCACUUCCUGGUUCUGGUGUGUCACCUGGCUGUCGGCCCUCACCCUUCCACAGCACUUUGAACAGCCACGCCCCCUUCAGCGGCCCCUACCACUCCAAUGGGAAYAGUGGGAACAACCUGGUCCCGACUAACAGCAAUAGUAACAGUAGCAGUGGCAGCAGCCAUACCAACUCUCUCUCUCAGUCCCUCUCACCUCAAAACRCCUCAAAAGGACCCCCACCUCUUAGUAACCCCGGCAACAACAMUGGCACUUCGGCCCCUGGCUGUAGCUCCUCACUUCCUAGAGAUGGGCAUUCUGAUUCGUCCACAGGUCYACCUCCCCCACCUGUCAUCAAGGAGGAACCAAUAGAGGAGAGGGAGGAGAGUGAAAGCCCACCUCCUGUUUUGAGAAGCCCCUCCCCUGAGCCCAAGCCGGUGGACAUUCCGAUCCACGCCAGCCAAUCAGCACGGUUCCACAGGGUUCUAGAUCGGGGCAGUGGAAACUCCUGCGCCCGCAGCGACGUUCUCUUCGUCCCCCUGGAUGGCUCCAAACUGUGGAAGAAGAGGAACGAGGUGAUCGAGAGAGCCCGGAGAGAGGUGGAGCAGAGGGCCAGAGACCUGAGGGAGAAAGAGCGGGAACGAGAGAGGGAGAGAGAGAGGGAGCGGGACCUGGAGAGGCAUCUACAACAACAGAAGGACAAUAACAAUGCAAAUAUACAACGCCAGGGAGCCUCUCUCUUCUUCCCCUCCUCCUCCUCCAUCCUCCUAGACCCUAACUCCUCUUCUUCUAACCCUGGGUCUCACCCUCAACCACACCCCCAGCAGCACCACUCCCACCCUCACCCCCACGCUCACCUCCACCACUCCCACCUCCACCCCUCCCUCUCUCAACACAUCCCACACUCCCUCCUCAUGCAAUCAAUGGGGGGUUCAACGGUGGUUGGCCCACAGGGGGCUCUGGGGAUAGGGUUAGGAGGGCCGUACCUGGGCCCUGACACCCCGGCACUGCGGACCCUGAGCGAGUACGCCCGGCCCCACGCCAUGUCCCCCCUCGGGGCUAGUCGCCAACACCAACACCCGCAUGUUCACCAUCAUGGCCACCCUCAUGGACACCCCCAUGUCCACCCCUCCUUCUUCCUCCCCCAGUUCCAGAACCAUGCUCUGGCCCACCCACAUCACAUGCCUGCUGAUGCAGCCACAGCGGCAGCCAUCUUGGGUUUCCUCUAUGGGGGCAGUAUGGAGGGAGGGCCAGGGGGGCAUGGAGGAGGACAUGGGGGGAUGGGUGGUGCAGGGUURGGGGGGAUGGGGUUUCCCCAUGCAGUGGCAGCCCACCGUGAGCGCAUGAAGCCGGGGUUUGAGUUUAAGAGUGAGGACAGGGUGUACCAGCCGGGCUCCUUGGGAGAUCCUACGGCUCUCGCCCUCGCCCACUCCCACUCGCAUGCCCACGCACACGCUCAUGCACAUGCUCACUCCCUACUGCUGGGGGGAGGCUCCCCUGGUCCUAUUAGUAGCUACCUGUAG